AUGUCAGAUCAAGCUGAGCCUUAUACUGUCAACACCAACGAUCUAUCAUUGGCUGUAGAUACAGCAGAGGAAAUUCAACUGCGAUGUCGAAACAUAGAUGAUUAUCGACCUCAAUUCCCUCCUGAUUUAAACCUCAAUGAGUUGGUCAAUAAAACCAAAAAACCGCCCAAUCAUUUUUUAAUUUACCGUAAAGCCGUAUGGAAUCGAGCUAAGGCCCUCAACCAUAAAUUGUCCAUGAGCGAAGUAUCAAACAUUUCCUCGAAACUAUGGAAAAAAGAAGAAUAUUCUGUCAAAGAGGCGUAUAAAGGAUAUUCUUCUCAAAUGUAUAAAAUCUGGAAAGAAAAAUAUCAAAUGGAUUCUAUCGUUAUUUAUCGAGGUAAUAUGAGAAAAGCCAAAAAAAUGCCACGUAAAAAAUCGCCUUACAAAACUAAAAGAAAACUGGGAAGAAGUCAACAAUCAUCAUUACCAGCCCAUCCAGUUCAAAGUGACGUAAACCAAGGUGACGCAAACGAAAAUACCGCAGAAAAUAAUCCAUGUAUUGCUGAAAUAAGCAAUACUGGUGAAGUUGGAUUUGAAUUUAAUACUGAACCAAUGCCUGCAUUUGAUACCUAUAUUCCUCAGAAUCAACAAUAUUGUGGUUUUCCAGAUUCUCUGACACCAAUCAAAGUAACUGUCCCUUCUCCUGAAGAGUUAGAUAUCAAUGAAUUUUUGCCAAAGGGUAAAACGAGUAAGAAAACACCCAACUCGUAUUUUAUCUAUCGAAAAGUCUAUGUUGAUGAAUUACGUAAACUUGGAUAUAAAUCUAAAAUGAUUCGUGUUUCUUCAUGGAGUGGAAUUGCUUGGAAAGAAGAAACUCGAAGUGUAAAAUCAGCUUACAUUCAAUUCGCACAUAAAUUAUCGAAACUAUAUGAAAAUCGAUUAAGAGAAGAAAGAGAGCGCAAACGAAAUGAACCAAUUAAGAUAAUCGAAUUUCAACCUGAUGCUAUAAGUAACAAUGACAAUAAAGGAGAAAUAGCAAAAACGGAAACGGGGAUUACUAUAAAUAAUCAAAUUUCUCCAGAUAUUCCAUCGAUAGACGAUCAAGAAGCUACUAUGGGGGCAAUAGAGACCACAACAGCAACAGCAUCAACAUCAACAUCUCUUCCCAUCCCCAUUUUUAAUAAUAUAGAAGAACUCGCUUCUCCAAUUAAUAAUAAUCUACUAAUUAACCCCUAUCCAGACGCACUUCUUUUCGUUCCUUUUUAUUCUCAAUAUAAUCAAGACACAUCCUUAAAUCAGGACGAUUCAUAUAAUGAACCAUGGUAUGAUUAG